AGUUAUACAGAGACACUCAUUUGCAAUAGCCUAUAAAACAGUUGCCAGACUUAGUAAGUUUGUAUACCAAUUUCUUUGGAGCAUAUUGCUAUCGGGUCAUGGAGGACACACUUGUGAAUGUAAAGAACUGGGUAGAAGAAAACAAAGGUGCUUUUCUGCCUCCAGUAUGCAAUAAGCUUAUGCAUCACCGACAGCUCAAUAUAAUGUUUGUUGGUGGGCCAAACCAACGGAAAGAUUACCAUAUUGAAGAAGGAGAAGAGUUGUUUUACCAGCUGCAGGGAGACAUGUGCCUGAAGAUAAUAGAAAAUGGAAAACACAAGGAUAUCCACAUUAAAGAAGGAGAGAUGUUUCUUUUACCAGCCAGGAUUCCACAUUCUCCACAAAGGUAUGCAAACUCUGUGGGACUGGUCAUUGAAAGGAGAAGAUUAGACACAGAAACUGAUGGACUGAGAUAUUAUGUUGGAGAAUCAACAGAUGUCCUUUUUGAAAGAUGGUUUUACUGUGAGGAUCUUGGUAUACAACUUAUUCCAAUAAUUCAAGAAUUUUUCAGUUCAAUGCAGUAUCAAACUGGGAAACCCAAUCCAGAUGAAAUUGUAAGAGCAACUCCUUUCCCACUAAAUGAUGUCACAGUCAUGGAUCCUUUUUCUUUGCAAGCUUGGCUGAAUGAUCACCAAGAAAAUAUAGCUCUGAAACAAUCCUUGAGUCUUUUUGGAGACAACUUUGAAACAGAGGUUAUAAUAUUUGGACCAGGAAUAACUGAAGAGGGAGGAAAGAAUGCAGAUAUAUGGAUAUGGCAGUUGGAAGGUUCAUCUUUUGUUACUAUUGAUAGAAAAAUCCUGACUUUAAGGGCCGGAGAUAGCCUUCUUGCCCCAGUGCAAACUAAGUUUCACUGGAAGAGAGAUGAAGGAUCCAUUGCUCUUUCUGUUGUUCAGAAUCCAGAGAGGAAAAGACCCUAUCUCUGAGUUUGGUAUCUCAUCUUCUUCCUCUGGCCAAGGUCAAAGAGAGAUAUACAUGGGCAUAUACUUGGAAGAGCCCUCAUCUACCAAGGCCUAUCAUCAGUUUUGUUGGAACCACAGCCAGCUU